UCGGCGGCGCGCGGCGCGGCGCUUGAGCGUGCCUAUGUACAUGAGGUGUAUGAGCAGGCGGGCGAGGACGGCGACGAUGCUCGCGCGCCCGCGCCCCGCGUGCAGGCCUUCCUCGACGACCUGGACCCUGGCAGCCUUGUCUGCGAUGUCGGUUGUGGCAACGGGAAGUACCUAAGCGUGAAUCCGUCCGUGUACGCGGUGGGCGGGGACCGCUGCACCCGACUGACCGCACACGCCCGGCACCACGACAAUGAGGUGGUGGUAUGCGACAACCUCUGCCUCCCCUUCCGAGAUGAGUCCUUCGACGCGGUGCUGUCCAUCGCGGUGGUGCACCACUUCGCCACCGUGGAACGGCGAGCCAUGGCGUUGCGGGAACUGGCCAGGGUGACGAGGAUCGGAGGGAGGCUGCUGCUGACUGUGUGGGCUAUGGAGCAUGAGGGCCGCAAUUUUCAUUCCCAGGAUGUUUUAAUCCCAUGGCAUCGGCCCGCCACGCUGUGCCCGCCCACGCCGGCGCCUCGACGAUUCCUCUCCGUCGACCACGACCAUAACGCGGAGCCGUGGAAGAGCCGCGAGGGGUCGCCGGGGUCGUCGUCGCUGUCGUCGCCGAACGAGACGUGCUACUCGUUCGUGCGGCGCGCGCUGCAGCGCCUCGCGGGGCGCCGCUCCUUCCUGCCCACCUGGCGCGCGCCCGCCCGCGCGCCCGCCGCGCGCCGCGCCGAGCCCGCCGCCGCCGACCUGCCCAUCGAGCUGCGCCGCCUCGACGAGGCGCUCCCCCCGAGACUCGUCGCCCAGCAGUCGGACGCCUCCGCCACCAAGUCGCGGAGCCUGACCGACAUCGCCGACGUAGAGCGGCGGGCGCUGGUCCGCUCCCGCUCGAGCCUGCCGAGCCUCGGCGUCGAGGAGCCCCCGCCCGAGGACCCUCCCCCGCCCGACCUCGAGCCGCGAAAGAAACCCCGCCUGGUGAAACAGAAGAAAUCUAUAAACGAGGACGACGCGGACGAAGAUUUGGACAAGCCCACCGACAUGAAGAGUCUAGUGGAGGAGAUGCCUAAUUUUAAAAUCCACCCGCACAGAUUGUCGUCCAAGAAGCCUGGAGUUUUUAAGCAGACCUCGCUCAAUGAGGAGCUGAUGUCCGUGGAGAGGCUGCGCGAGAAGGAGCAUCUGAGGAGGAAUAUUCAGAAGCAGGCGUCGCUCAACGAGGAGUAUCUGUACCGUCGCCCGGGGGCUCUCGACUCGAUCCGCGACUCCAUAUUUUCCACGUCGGCGAACACUGCCAAAAAGUUCCAGUCGCUGAAAAACGGCCUCACUAGUAAAUUCAAAACGUCCACAACGAAUAUAGAUAAAGUGACCGUGUUCGUGCGCAUGCUGCAGGGUUGGAAGAAUCACGGACCGGUGCCCGAAGUUCCUACGCCAAACGACAAUACUACUGGAAGCGAGAGGAGUUAUCCGGAGAGGCGGCAUUCGAAGGAGGACGGCUCGGAUUCGUCGAAGGAUAGCAGCUUACAGAGUGACACUAGUGUUGACUCGGAGGACAGUUUUGCGUCAGUAAUAUAUGUGCCCAAAGCUGACGGUUCGGGUGAUCCGCUAUCGCCUACGCCUCUCUCACCCGGACCGACCUCGCCCAGAUUAAAGGUGUCUUCUGUACCGACCUCGCCUAGAAUGAAAAGUUCACCAGGCCUACCGUCUCCGCGGAUAAAACAAGCUUUCCCCUUAAUACGACCACCGGCCUCCCCCAGCGCUGUCCAAGCGCCUGUCAAUAAAAUACUAGUCGCCCAAUAUAGUCUUAAAAAUUAUACUACAUCGAGUGCAGUGUGCGCCGCUCCUCUAAAACCACAAUCAAAAAGCCAGCCUAAUUCACCACCAAAAUCGGAGUCAGAUGAGAAACUUGCCAAUAUCAAGCCGAUAGUAGCAUUACCAGAACCACGGCCAAUUAUAAAUAAAAUACCCGCUCCAAUAGAAAUAUACCAAGAAAUUGACCCAAUACCGCCUAUAAAAGAGGAGGAAGAAACCACGCCUUCAGAUGUGACUAAAGAAUUAUUAGCUGAAAUUAGUAGAGACAUUGAAGAGAUCCACAAACUAACAGCGGAAAGUAAUCAAAUAAAACCUCGUGUUCUUCAGGAUGUAAAACCAUAUCCGAAGAUAACUUUACAGACGGUUGCAGAACUGCCCGAAAUUCCACAAUUUAAACCUAAAGAGCCUCGGAGAUCUCCGACUAAUGACAAUUUAGAUUCAAGGGCGGCAGAUCGUAAGCGAAAAGAGAGAAUAAGGCAAAUUAAAGAGAUGCUCAAUAAAGGAAUUCCUGCAGCGAAUGUCAGUAGGAAACCACCGUUUCCAAUAGUUCGAUGCAACAGGAAAGCGGAGGCGAUAGCCAAGAGUCACCCAAAGCUAAUGUCUCUGGAAUUGUUCAACCCGGCCACUGACGAUGUAGACAGCGAUUCGAGUGGUGUGUCGUCUCCAGACUCUGUCGACAGCGUUAUAAGUGUUGUCCCGGAAGAAUUACGAAAGACUGCAAUGGAAAAAGACCUUCCAAACCCAUCAAUAGUGGAGCCUAUUAAUGAGAAAGAAGACGACAAGCCCGAAAAAUCUCCUUCGAUAUCUCCUUCACCGCAAAACCUUUUAGAAGCGGUGGCUGAAGUCGCUGCUACUUUAGACGAAACCUGCGAAACUGUUAUAAAAUCCAGUCCAAGAUCGAAGCGAAAGCAUUUAGAAAAACUUGAAAGCGCUGAAGCGAUGGCCAUUGUACAAGGGGCUUCAAGUAGUAGCAGUAGUAGCAAUUGGAGUCUUAACAAACUCUCUCCUGGCGACUUGAGGAUUUUGGACGACAAGUCCAGGUCACAUACCAGCUCAAGUGGUGGAAGCUCUUCAAGCCUGGAGCGACUCUCACCAGGCCGGAGGUCAAAAGAGCGCUCUCCGAAACUCGGCAGCACAAGCAACUCUACGUGGAGUCUAAAUCGACUGUCCCCCAAUAGACCCGAAGGUCGCUCCCUAGACGAAAACCUCAGCAAGAGCCACAGGAGCCCAACCAGAAUACCUUACGAUUCUGUUUCAAUGUCAAGCACCGACUCUGAGAAAUCCAUCUCAAAAUCCGAGAGCUUCAAUAGGAUACAGAAUGAACCUCUUAUUACGUGCAAAUCAGACAUGCUGGCUAAAGAAGAAGAUUGGAUGGCUGAUCAGCACGAGCGCGGUCAUCAUUUAACGGAAUUCGCUGAGAAACUUAGCGAAAAAUUGCUUCAGGAAAUAGACCAAUACUCUAAGCGGAUUAACGAGGAAGACUUCGACUUGCCAAGUAGUAGUAGUAGUGAGAAAAGUAUUUCCCUUAGACUUAAACGGGAAGAGGAAGACAGAAAUACACAAAAGAUUCUCGACGAGCUCUCUGAUAGCUUACAACACCUAGACGAUCCAUACAUUAGUAAAAUAGGCACUGACAUGCAUGGUUUGAAUAAACUGAGCGCCGAAAUUCAAGAGCGGCAAAAAUUCAUAGCAUCCUUAAACGACUCGCAAGAGACGGAUAUAAAUAAACUUUUCCCAAAAUGCGGAACUAAGCUAAAAAGCAAAAAGAGGUCGAAAGACGUGGACCCUAUUAUAAACAAAUAUAGGGAACUUAAAAAGAGCAUGAAAGUAACCAGCGAAGAAGACAUUUAUCUAAAUAACUGUGCCAACAUCCAAUAUAACGUGACAAAAUCUACAGAUGAUAAAUUACCUGAUAUGGACACUAAAAAUCCAGACGAUGACAGCGCGAUUUGCUCGAGCAACGGUAACCCUGAGAUCACAAUUGAUUCUGGAGCUUAUGACACCAGCCAGUCGCUCGAAACUGGGUACUCGCUUGAGUCAGAAAUAAGUGUAGACUCACUAUGUACCAGUACUGACAAAAGGUCGUCACUUAAAGUUGGACAGUCGACUGACUCGAGCGAUCUUGACAAGAUGGAGAUAAGCCCAGAGUCAAUCACGUCGCGGUCAAGUGCCAGCACAGCGCCACUAAAGUCUGGAUUUUCGAUUGAGUCCAGCGACACGUAUGCAGGAAGCGAUUGGAGUCGACGAGAUAAAACUGGAAGCACCGCUUCGCUGGGCUGCGCGAGUUUAGCUUCUUUGCCUUCAUGCAGCGAGUGUUCCAAGGAUAGAAAGCUGUUGGAAACGCGGUCAUCUUCAGAAGACACAGCCCCGGCAGCGACAUCAGCUAGAGCUAUGCCUCACGCUCCGCUCUUGCCUUCUCUGAGUGACGGUUCAGAUAGCUUACCGUCCGAAGGCGGGGCAGUAACCUACCACAGAUACUAUCACGUUUUUAAAAGAGGCGAGCUAGACCAACUGAUCGAGCAAUACGUUGAGAGUCUCCACGUCGUCUCGUCCUUCUACGACCAAGCCAGCUGGUGUGUGAUUGCGGAAAAAGUUCAAGUGUGGACUAUUUAAUUUCCUUAUUACAAAACUUUAAUAGUGACUAACACUAUUCAAGUGACCUUAACGAACUCAAGUGAGUGUUAAACAUUGACCCGGGUGUUAAACCGAUUGCCAAAAGCGAAGCUUUUGUUUUUAAUAUACUUACCUAUUCUUAGUCGCUCUAUACCGGUUUACUAGUUGUUAUCUAUACUGUGUCUACUCGCCCGGGCUACGUUGAGUCUUAGUGCUUUAGACCGGCAUACCGGACCGCGACCUUGGUACGGGCCGAAGCUUGUCCGAUCCAGUGGAAGGUUGUUCGCCGUACGUCCGUAAAAAAAGGAAGACAGCUAUUAGUAAAAAGCUGACUGGACCAAGGUCACGGUCCAGUACGCCCGUCUAUUAGCACUAUUAAACGGCGGGCGUUAAGGGAAUUAAAAAGAAUCCUAGUUUUGCCAGACUUUGAAAAUAGGGUCUAUAUUUUGAGGAACGAUUGGAUUUUUUUUAUUUCCUAUUUAGUAUUCUGCGCGAGCUCGCAACUCGCAUAAAAUGAAAUCUAAGAGCUUUAAAUAGUGAAAAAAAUUAAUAUAAUAUAUUAUAUACUUCAGUGGCUCAAUAAUAUAAGCUGCGAAAGCUUAUCUACUGUAACCGAGUCCUUGGGUUUGCGGCGUCGUCAUAAUUUAUCGAAAUAGUCACAGUUUCUAGUCAUUAUUAUUACGACAAUAAGAUUAAUAGCAACGAGAAGCAGCCAUCAUCGUAGUUCAGGACGGCGUCACAAACCUUCUAGCUUUAGUCAUGGGCUGAUUUAGACGGCGCGCGAACUCGCAUGCGAUUUUAGUUACAUUGCGGACUGUUAGUUACGUCCAAAUCAACCGACCGAUCAAAUCCCGCAAUGUAAUGUUAAUGCGAGUUUUCGCAUCGUCUUUGGUCCUGUGAAUACUUCGAUUUAUUUGUUAUAAAACUGAGCUGGCCUCUCGUAGUGGGUAGGGUUGACUGUACGGGUCCACUCGUCCCGUAUUGCUGAUCUGAUCUAUAUAUAAUUCUUAUACUACAUACGGACCAUUUAGUGAGGUUAUAGACUUUAGUCAUCGUAGUGAACCCUUGCCUAUUUUAAUAUCGACGAGAGUACAAAUACACGCGUCAUACUCAGUGUACAGUUUGGGGUAAUUUUUUCACCUUAUCGAAAUAAAAUGAGGUGAAAAAAUAUACAUAUCUUGAACUUCGACUGUACUACAUAACAUAACCUUUAAUUUUGUUUACAGUUUGACUGCAUAUCAUACCCGUUUCUACAUACUGAUGACUGAAUAAUUAAAAAAUACCGUAUUUAUAAAAGUUGGCAACUAGAUUUUUGAGAGGUCUGAACCGAUAUUGUAUCAAGUAUUAGAGCAAAACCAGAGUCGGACCAAGCUUUCGCUCUGAUAGAGGGUAACUAGAUGUUUGCAAACCUUCUAACUAAACAAAUUGAGCUAAAAACUCUGGAUCAUUCGAGUCAGAAUUAUUAUCCGACGAUGAUUUACCAUUAUUUAAGUCAAUGUCAGUUUGUAGAAAUGGGAUGAAUAGCGAAGAAUUUAAUUUUUGAAACUGCGGCGGAUUGGCACUAGUCCGUGGUGUGACAACAUCAUUAUAGUCCUAAACAUUUAGACUAGGUUUAGUCAAAAUUUGUCGUAGCCGUUUCUAAUAGAAACUGUAAUAAUUUGCUAUCAGUCAACUUGGAUACGAAUUUUUUUCACAAAAAUUCUAUUGAAUAAGUGAAUAACGAAUUUUAAAGUUAAUUUUUUAUGACAUACUUAUUAGUUGAUAAAGAAUAAUUUUAAUUAGUGUGUAAAAUUUAAAUGCCGCAUUCAAAUAUAAAUAGCAUUCAUGGUAAUUCUUGUAAAUGGCAACACUAUAGGCAAGAAGUUGGCAACAUUGGCCGCGCUAUAUAUUUAGUGAUGGCAAGUAUUUGGUAUGUAAAUAAUCGCUAUAAGUAUAUAAAGGCUAUUAGAAAAUAAUUAUCAAAAAAAAUCAGUGAGAUUAAAAUUUAAUAUUAGAUUAGUCACGUGCUUUUUUCAUGUUGUUCUAAAUUAAAGAAUCUCAAAAUGUUUUUAGAAGAACAUGAAUUUAGCAUACGUAGGUCUCAUACUUCGUCACUAGGAUUGUACGCAAGUAGAUACUACUGGAAAGUAGUAGAUAGGUAAUAUAACAUGCACAACCGUUGAUUAAGGUUAAUUUAAUAUAUGUACAUGCAUAAGUCUUCAUUGUAAGUCAGUGCCACCGCUACAACGAUCUUGGCAAAUACAAUCAAGGAUUCUUAUAAAUUAUCAAAAAAUAUCGAUAAAAGUGGAAAAGUUGAAUGGGUUAAUAAGAGCAAUGGGUCGCGAGAUCAAAUCCUGGCUGACACUAUGAGUUUUUCGGAACUAAUUAUGUACCCCGUAUUGUGCUAGCGUGGGGACUACAGCCCAAGCCCUCUCGCACAUGAGAGGAGGCCUGUGCCCAGCAGUGGGUGUGCGUGUGUUUUUUUUUUAAUUUUAUUUAUCAGAUUUAAGUAUGGGGAUUUUUAUCUAAUUUUACCGAGGUCUUGGGGCUACGAAUAAAAUUCGCCCCGGUCUGAUAAAGAAGACAAUACAUCGUGUAACUUCGUACCGCCGGCGACACGAGCACGUUCGAUGAAAAAAUCUAUAGCGGUUAAAAGGUUAAUAAUGUUGACUGGGUUUGCUGUGGUUUGUUAAUCCACAGAAUCUCAAGUAACUACCUACUCUUAAGGGCCCAUUUAAAAUUUCCACCCUAUAUAGUAUGUCGCGUCUUCACUAAUCUCUAUCACAUUCAAUUGUAAAUACUAUCCGGAUCGAAGGACCAAAACUAAAUCAUACGCAGGCACUUAAUUGUAUUUGCCAAUUUUAUAAUUACUCUACAGUAUUCUCUAAAUAAAACAUUUCAUAUCGGAUAAUCAAUUAAUAUUUGACAAAAUUAUCUUACUAUAAGUAAAUAAAUUUACUUUCGAAUUAGCCUUGGCGGCGUUAAAUUUAUUUAAUUGGAAGUUGUGAAGUUUUUAAACCAUAUCAAUGCUUUGGUAUAGAGAAAUUUAUAAUUUUCCUAUUUUUGUAAUUUGUAUUUGUAAGCGUAAUUUAAUUUUAGUGUAUUAAAUUUGGUUUAUUGCGGGCGUUACACGGAAAUAGGGUCAUAUACAGGUACAUGCCUAAUGUAUUGCGAAAAAAAAUGUUUAAUUCACGUAAUUAGAAUCAAUUUUACACGUUCGAGUUUCACAGAAGAUUUAUACUAGUAUAAACGUAAGGAACAGUGAAUAAGUUCUAACAGAUUAACCUAAAGUAUCUACCUAAAGUUCUGAAUUCCAAGCAGUCUUACGGCGUAAACUGACACCAUUCAGUCUUAGAGCAUUUAAUAACUGGAGUCGCCUUUAAGGGCUUACCCUUCUGCCGAAAAACUUGCACAAUUAUGCAAACUUUUGUAUGGACUGACAUGGCUAUUUGUACGUUACGUACAAAUCAUGUAGAAAUGGCAAUACAUUUGACGUCCCCUCCCCCGCAAAAAUCGGCAGACUGUUUCGUACAGAAAAUGACAGCCAUGACGUCUCCAAUUACUAAAUGCUAAGCUUUCAGUACACAAUAGUCCCCCCAGAAAAACUAAGUAUAUCUGUGUACCUGUGUAUGACCCACAAUUUUGCUAUUUGAAUAUUAAUGUAACAUACAAAAUUGUCCAUCGUGACCAAAUGGAAACCCUUGAAAACCCCGCCAUUUCAUACCCUAAAACUGUGUAAUGCUUUUAGAGAAAAGGGUCUUAAUGCAGCAGGCGAUAUUAACACAAUCGAUCGAUGGUAGAAUCAGACCAAGUUAAAUUUGCACUGACGCGGAUAUUUCAAUGAUCAGACAUAAAUUUUAUAUUUUCAGUACAGCGGACUAGUGUUAAGAGCCCUUCAAUGUGCACACUAGCGCCACUGCUAAAUAAUCGUGAUUAUUUAAAUAUAACGACAGGUAUUUAAAAAUGGGGGCCGCUACGGACUGUAUUGUGUAUUUAAGUACCAUUUGAAUACAUCAAACUAGUUUUUAUGUUGCUGGAUUCGUCGAUCUAGGAACUCAAAACAAAAACGGCCGUUUUUACUUUGGACGCAUAGAUUGACAAAUCCAGCAACAUAAAAACUAGUUUGAUGUAUUCAAAAGGUACUUAAAUACACAAUACAGUCCGUAGCGGCCUCCUUUUUUAAAUAUCUUUCGUGAAAUUUAAAUAAUCACGAUAAUUUAGUAGUGGCGCUAGUGUGCACGUUGAAGGGCUCUUAACGGAAUUGGUGUAAACAAUUUGAACCAUAAUGAUUAAUUACCGUUAAUUACGUUAAUGUUAACCUUAAUUUACCAUUUCUGUUGGAAUUAUCUAUAUACUCGUAGAUACCAAUUCCGUUAACACCACUCCGCUGCACCAAAAAUGCAAUAAAAUUUUCGAAUUGUCUGUGAAUGACAAAGCAUGAAAACAUAAACUUGUAUUCUAUGAAAAUAUGACGUUUCUCCUGGCCCUUCCACACGUUGUCAUGUUAAGGUCGAUGCAGAGUUAGCUAAGAUGGACUCUAAUAAUUCCAAUUCUAAGGGCCUGCUGCGAAAACCGAAAGUCAAAAAUUCGUUCUCUGCCUCUCUAUCGCUCUUUCAUAUUCGAGUUAUGUAGAGGCAGAUAGCGAAAAUUCGAUUUUCGAUUAUUGCGAUAGGCCCUCUAAUAUAAUCGAGCCUAAAAACAUUUCAGGGCCACUUGCACCAUCCCAUUAACCCGAGGUUAAGGCGGUUAAACCGUUAACCCAGUGUCCAAUUGUACUGGUAACCAUGGUAACUCCAGGUUUAACCGGUUAAUCCCGGGUUAGUGGGAUGAUGCCAGUGGGUCUUAAGGGUUAAAGUGUUAAGAUUCCUUUUCCUAAAGGCUUAGAGGAUAUAACCAAUGGAGACGCCAUGUCUAUAAUUUUCGGUACAAAAUAGUCUGCCGUUUUUUGCGGGGGAGGGGCACAUCAAACGUAUACGUAACGUCAACAUAGCCAUGUCAGAUAAACGUCAGUCCAUACAUGUGGUUGACAUGUCGUUGACCAUUGGCCGCCUUUUUCGACAGAGGGGAACGCCUGUUAAUGACCACUCCGUUGGUUAUUUCUCUAAGCCUAAAGGUAUACAAAUAUUAAUAAAGUAUUACUACUUUUCGGCUUUUUAAAACUAAUUGUACAUAUUUAUCCAUUUCGUAUUACUGAAAGGGUUAUUGUUGGCUUAAACUGUGAUAUAUAACUAAAUAGAUGAGACACAGGAUCGCGUUUGUUAACCACCAAACUUUUCUGCUGAGCUUAUUGAUUUCAUUGGCUCUUACGGCGGAUAUAGUCGUUCGAUUUGUAGCUGGCCCCGACCUAAUCCUUAGUCUAUUGUUAAGUAAAACCGCACGUGCUACUUACCUGCAACAAAGGGUCGUAUAAUUCUAAUGGCACCUGAGCGCGGGCUAGUCCAACGCUCAGGCCCACUUGCACCAUCUCACUAACCCGGGGUUAAGCGGUUAAACCGUUAACCUAGUGUCAAAUUGUAGGUGCGCUCUCCGAUAACGCGCCCCUGUUACGCAUCUCGAUGACACAUUAUGGCUCCUCUACACGAUGGCCUAGCGCCGGCCACUCAAGGGACGCAGCCAUCCGGUAGAAUGAGACAGCAAUAUCACUUGCUCCCUCUAACGCAUAAAUGCGUCCCUUGGAGUGGCCAGCGCCGGGCCAUCUUGUAGAGGUCUAUUAGACUCGUUCUGUAGCGUUUAUGUUUAAUAAAGUAAGGAUGCUAUAAGGUGCCAUUUCCCAUCUCUAUCUGACGCGAAUAGUUUUAUUGUUGUUCCGCUCGCACAAUGGCAUUGACCGCCGGCAUCACGGGACAGCAAUAUAAUUACGCACGUGCAAUAGAGAUAGGAAAUGGCGGGUCACUGUACGACAUUCUUCGUGCUUAUCGUCCUUACUUUACCCAAAGUAAGGUUGGCAAUAUUUUAAUUAUCGUGUCAUAUUUAUUAAGACAAUAUUAAAUUGUGAAAUUGUAACAUUGCUUCAUCACGGGACUGUGUGAUAUUAAUUUACGACCGUAUGAUAUUCCGUAGGUAAUUAUUAUUGCUAUUUUUUAUAAUUGGCAACAUUUAGUAAAAAUAAUGAAUACCAUAAACAACGCAUGUUUAGAUAAGAGUUACGUAUAGAAUAACUUUGAUGUUUGUGUUGUUCCCUUGGUUCUUUGCACCCGAAACGUAUCAAUGAUAAUAUUCAAUGAUAAUGGAUAAUAGUUUUACUUCAUAUCACUGACUUGUGGUUUGGCCACGAUUAUCAAAAACCAAACUUUUUUAAACUACAUCGGUGGCAAUAAUGGCUUACCAUUAUGUGACUGUACCCGUAGCCUAUACGCCUGCAACUCUGGUGGUGUAACGCUGCGUGUUACG